UAUCAAUUAGCAGUAUCCAAUGAAUUUUGGCCAGCCAACACUUUUUGUAGACCUUGGCUCUCAGAAAAGCAGUACAACUUUAACCAGGUUGGCGACAAUUGGUUCGGACCGCGCAACAAGUACGACGAUAACAUGUCUGAGGACGACUGGUCAUACGACUGCACUCCUACCAAUUGUUAAUGAUAAGCAAUCUUAAUAUUUUAAAUUGGAACUGUAAAGGUAUCAUGUAUGGCUCACCCUACUUAGCCACGCUUCUCCCCUUGUUACAUAUAGUCGUUUUAACUGAGCACUGGCUCUAUCCUGAUUCUACUUCAUUUCUAGAUUCAUUUGAUUCAAAUUUUUCUGCCUUGACGGUUUGUGACAAACGCCUUUCUAUAGACUAUGGUCCGAGGCGUGGCUGUGGUGGUGUUGCUAUAUUAUACAGAAAAGAAUUUAUUGUAAAACCGAUACCUGUCAAUGACCGAAUCUGUGGAGUUCAAUUGCUUGUCAGUAAGGAUACUUACAUUUUCGUCUUUGCUGUUUAUAUGCCAUGUAACACUUACCCAGAAAAUAUUUUUCUGGAGUACCUCGAUUCUCUGUAUGAAGUUUACCAUAAAUACAAGCAGCUUGGCACAGUUGUAUUUGCUGGUGAUUUUAAUGGCCAUUUGAGUGCAAAAAGUGGCCCAAGAUGUAGCAUUUCGCCAAAUUCUAGGGGUCUUAAGAUAGAAGAUUGGUUAUUAGAAUGUAAUCUUUUUUCUGUUAAUUCAAGUGACCUUGCUGACGGUCCGUGGUUUACAUUUUAC